CUGCAGCUAUUAAUGGGCGUUGCCUUCUCAACUUUUCUGAAAGGUGUGGCGAGUUUGACACUUUGUAAAAUUCUUACUCUGACAUCAAUCCUGUCUUCUCACUAAGGACGUUUCUCUACAAUCACAACAAUGUCUGGUUGGGAAGAAUUGGAAAUGCUCUUAGACUCCCCCUCCUCAUUGACAACAACAUCCAAUGCGAGAGGAACUGUGAAGGACAAGGCAAACUUUAAAGUGGAAGAAGAUGUGUCUGCACUAAGGAAGGCCAUCGAGGGCAUUGGUACGACAGAAAAGACACUAAUUGAGGUGUUGACCCAAAGAAGUAAUGCUCAACGUCAGCUUAUCACUAAGGCCUAUGAGAAAGCCACAGGAAGGAAAUUAAUAGAUGAUCUGGAGGGCGACACCCACGGAGACUUUGAAGACUUGUUAGUCGCCUUGGUAACGCCUUCCGCUACCUACGACUGUCAAGAAGUCAUCAAAGCCAUCAAGGGAGCAGGGACCACCGAGAGUACACUGACAGAAAUCUUUGCCUCGAGAUCCAACAGACAGAUCAAAUCCUUGUCUGAAGCAUACCUUGCAGAAACUGGAAAGUCGCUGAUUCAUGAUCUGCAGUCGGAGGUAUCUGGAGAGUAUGGCAAAGCACUGCUCAUCUUGGCUGAGGGGAAGAGAGAUGAGAGCACCAAUGUGGACGCUGCCAAAGCUAAAGCAGAUGCUAAGGCCCUGUAUGAAGCAGGGGAGAAGAAGUGGGGAACUGAUGAGGAUAAGUUUAUCGACAUCCUGUGCCACAGGAGUAUUCCCCAGCUUCGACAGACUCUGGUAGAGUACAAGAAUAUAAGUAAGAAGACUCUGCAGGAGAGCAUUGAGAGCGAGAUGUCUGGAAACCUGGAGAAGAUACUAGUGGCUAUUGUUAAGUGCGUGAAGACCGUUCCUUUAUACCUGGCUGAGAGACUUUUCAAGAGCAUGAAGGGCGCGGGGACUACAGAGUCCACUCUGACCAGGAUAAUCGUCAGUCGUUCAGAGGUGGACCUGCUGGACAUCAGAGCCGAGUAUAAGAAGCUGUUUGGAAGUUCCCUCUACUCCCAGCUAGAGUCUGAAGUGUCGGGCAGCUAUGGCGACACCCUCAAGUAUCUAUGUGGCCAGGACGACUAACUCCUCCCAACUUCUGAUGAGAAACAUGAGAUGCAGAUAGAAGAAGCUAGUGAUGAGGAUGACCAGUGAUGGACCUUUCCAACAGCAUCAUACAUUUGCUUGAACUAACCAUCUUGAAAUGCUUUUGAAUGUGGUAUUCCAGUAAUGUUCAACCAGACAGUGCAGGCUGCUUAACACACACACACACAUAAGAAGUAUGGAAAAGAAGACUGUUGAAUGUCUUUUAUAAAAUUCAAAAAGUGUUUGUAUUCCAUGUAUAAUAGUGGUCGACUCCACAUUUCUUACUUAACAAGUAUCUUCAAGCAUAUUGGUACACAAAUAACUUUCACAUUAAACAAAUAUUGUAUUUUGCUAUUUGAUGUUAGUGAGCAAAGACGACACCAUGGCAUUUAUAUAAAAAAAAUAAACGUGUUUUAUUUAA